AUGAAUCACGAUAGUUUUUCAUCUUUGAAAUUUCGUCGCCCGUCCAGCAAACUCCACAAGGACCCUCCGAGUUUUAGUUCACGAAUCCUCAGAAGUGAGCAGACCAACACAUCACUGAAACGACACCCCUCCGCGCCUAGCUACCCGCGUUCCUCAGCUGCUGGAAGUAGAGAACACCUGCGCACUCGAUCUAACGCAUACGGCUCUUCCUCAUCCUCUCUUGACCAGCAUAGUGGUGGACCAUCUCCGGUUCUUGCAGGCAACGAAUCUGGCUACUUCCACAGCAACCAAAAUCCCGCCAAACCCCGUCUACCCUUCUCAGGACGGUAUUCGCUCAACGACCAGAGUUCAGAUGAAUUGAUUGGCGCCCCAUUCGACUCCCGGGCUAUGCUCAGUGCAUUGGACGAGAAUACUGCUGAGUCUGACCGAAGUCCUUACGAACGUCCCCCCGAGAAACCCCCGACCCUACGCUCCCAAACCACUCCUGAUCCACGAGGUUUGAGACAGUCAGCGAGUUUUACCGCUCUGCACAACCGUAUGGAGACGUUUCCAAGUACCACCAGCAAUGACCGUCCGACGAAUGCGAAACGGUACUCCGACGAAACCACCACGGUCAAACCGCUGGGGACCGGACGAAGCAAGAAGAGUAGUUUCUCUAGCUUUGUGAACAGUAUGCUAGGCUCUCCCCGCGGUAUCAAGAUUUCUGCCCCCGAGAACCCAGUCCAUGUCACCCACGUUGGCUACGAUAACCAGACGGGCCAGUUUACUGGCCUGCCGAAAGAAUGGCAGCGAUUAUUACAAGAAAGUGGUAUUUCAAAGAAGGAACAGGAGGAACACCCACAAACCAUGGUUGAUAUCAUGAGAUUUUAUGAAAAGAACGCCCGUGGGGAUGAUGAGGUCUGGCAUAAAUUCGAUCAUGCAUAUCCGCAGCAUCAAACCAUGACCAGCCCUAUCUCCCAAACGGGUGGACCAUCACCGUAUGGCAUUCCCCCGCAGCGGACGUCUCCUCCUACAAGCCCUCGAUUCCCGCAAAACCAUGAAGGCAGUUUUGAAAAUCCACGUGCUCCACCCCCUAUCCCCCGUGGAGCUCCCGCGGCAACCCAGCCCAUGUCCCCGCCCCUAGGAAGUAUGGUGCCCAACCGUGCACCUCCUAAACCCCCAACUCCGGCCAACUUGAUACCGACCCGUCCUGCACCGCAACCUCCGACCGCGAAUUCCUACUCUAGCAUUCCAACGCGGCCCGCCGUUCAGGAUGCCCAUAGUCCCCAGUUUACCACACCCCCAAUUCCAGAAACGGAACCCCUGCCAUCGGAAUCCUCCCGGAGUCGGUCAAAUUCCAAGACGAACGGCACUCAGGGACCAUGGGUACCACCAGCUAGUGCGGUGGCAACUCCAGCACAAUACCAGCAACAACAGGAGCAGGCUAUGGUGGCAGCUCAGCAGGCCCUGGCGAACAAACAGCUUGAACGUAGUCGCAGUCAACGCCAGCAACAGCAGUCUCCCCGACCGGAACAACAGAAGCUGAUCGUGCAACCGGCACCUCCUCUAUCGCAUGCAUCGCCGAUUGAGGACUCUGCUACUGCCCAAACUGCGCGUGCUGCUCCAGCAGCACGUCCCCGCCAACGAGCUCGCCAAAGCAAUGCAAUGGAUGUUAGAGCUCGAUUGGUCGCGAUCUGUACACCUGGCGACCCAACCAAGCUUUACUACAACCUCAACAAAAUUGGUCAGGGUGCAUCUGGGGGUGUUUUCACCGCAUAUGAAGCUAACACCAAUAAUUGCGUGGCCAUUAAGCAAAUGAAUUUGGAUUUGCAGCCGAAAAAGGAUCUUAUCAUUAAUGAAAUCCUUGUGAUGAAGGACAGCAGACACAAAAAUAUCGUUAAUUUCCUGGACAGCUACCUUCAUGGGUUGGACUUGUGGGUGGUAAUGGAAUAUAUGGAGGGUGGCAGUCUGACGGAUGUCGUCACAUUUAAUAUGAUGAGUGAAGGACAAAUCGCCGCUGUCUGCAGAGAGACCUUGAGUGGCUUGCAGCAUUUGCACUCGAAAGGUGUAAUCCAUCGUGAUAUCAAGUCCGAUAACAUUCUUCUUUCGCUGGAUGGCAAUAUAAAAUUGACCGACUUUGGCUUCUGCGCUCAAAUCAAUGAUUCCCAGAACAAACGAAACACCAUGGUUGGGACUCCAUAUUGGAUGGCCCCUGAAGUCGUAACAAGGAAGGAAUAUGGCCGGAAGGUCGAUAUCUGGAGCUUAGGGAUUAUGGCUAUUGAGAUGAUUGAAGGAGAACCUCCUUAUCUCACCGAGUCCCCCCUCCGAGCCUUAUACUUGAUUGCUACCAAUGGCACACCUACAAUCAAGGAUGAACAUAACUUAUCGCCGGUCUUCCGCGACUUCCUUCACCUUGCGCUCAAGGUAGACCCUGAAAAACGAGCGUCAGCCCAUGACCUGCUCAAGCAUCCCUUCAUGUCUCUCUGCGCGCCUCUUUCUCACCUAUCCCCCCUUGUGAAGGCGGCCCGCAUUAGCAGAGCGCAGGAAAAGGCGCAGAAAGGCGGACCUUAG